ACUUAUCGCAUUUUUAGCAGGAAAUUGUUACCGGACAGAUUUUCGGAGCACUCGAGCACCUCACGAUCCCGAUCCCGAUAAACGGAAUAUUCACAGAAUGUGAAGUCUGGACGAACAGGUCUCGUAGGUCUAUGACACCUUGUGUGAUGCUCCAGCGGGAAUCCAUUCGCGCAAAGGGUUUGAUCGUAUCUUCAACCGGAACGCGAAGGGGUCGUUGUUCUAGAUAACGGCAUGCCUAAAGAACGGUAUUCGAUCCCCUGAUGGUUACGAACUCACGGAUCCUCUUGCGGAAAAGGUCAUCGCGAUCGCAUCGGCUACGCUGCGCUGCAUUGUGCUGCGCUACGUUGCGCUCCGCCCCGCUUCGUUUCCUUCCGGUCUCGCUUUCCUGUUUCGUACGGCCCGCAGGCCGUACACCAGGAAGCUGGGAGUGCGAAGCAGUAAAGUUCGGGUUGCUCGUCAGACGAGUUCAGAUUAGCUUGACUCGAUUCACGUCUCCGGCGCGUCUUGUCGGCGAGCGACUUGUCAGGUCGCGCAAUUUGUGCUACGGCACAUCGGGCAUAGGUCCAGAGAGUGCCGGGAAAAUUCGUGCGCGAAUGUCAGUUCGUAGACGCACAGCGGCGCACGAGGAGGUGCCUCCGUAGGUUCCUCGACAGUGCCCUUGUAGAAUCUCGACAAAUUUUUAUUCAGCUUGCCGCGCGAGUCCGCCGAAAAAUAUUCUCACUAUUGGUUCGAUUUUAUCAAAUUUCAUACUCGUUUCAUCUUCGAUUGCACUUGCACACGUAUCUUGACGCUGAUCAAAUCAACACUUGCAGAGGAAGUCCGUUCGCUUUUUCGAGAAGAAUUUCAACGUUGCAAAAAUUCCAUUGUUUUCCCAAUAAACAGGUGGAAAAAUUAAUUUCAGAUCAGGCGAAUCGACGAAUCGAAAUUACAAGUGGAAAUUUUACGAACUGUGAAACUCGUGUAAAUUUAAAAUGAUAUCCACGUUUGAGAGACACUGGACUGAAGGAUAGCGUUUUAUCGUUAACGUAGCACUUUCGAGAUUGCGAUUUCGGUCCGGUCAAUCGACGCAGUCGCUCACUCGUUAGAAAGUGCAUCGGUUUCUGCGAUUGCAGUCAGAUCAGCACAUUCGCCUCGCAGCAUGUAUCGUUCCAUUGACCGUGAACGGGUUUCGUGUUCGUCGGUGACGACGAGAAACGCUACGCGUUCGUCUCGUCGUCAGCGAAAGAUAAAGCUCUUUACAAUUUGUCGCGCUUAAGUGCACGUUACCGUAUUAUUGUUUUCUUCUUAAUUACUUUUAUCUGCCGCGACGAUUCCGCGCUUGCACGACGCGCGAAAGAAUGCAUGUGUUGAGUUAUUAUAGCGGCACGACGUUCGAUGGCACAAGCGUAAAAACAGCUCGGUGGUGCGGCCAAGUGCAGCGCGACGAAGCGCACGAGAUAAAGCAGCGUGGACUGUUAAGUGGAAAAAGAAAGAGCGCACUUUCCCACGUGGAGUAAACGUGUACAAAUUUCUUCGCAGGAGCAUCCCUUUGUCGUAGAGACGCCACGAGGAACGCGCGAACGUACCGAUCGACAAAUCGUACAAAGCGCGAUAUAUCGCGUACAUCGUCAAAUACUCAUUGUUACUUAACAACAAGAUAAAAGAGUCGCCGGGAGAUAAGCGAAAAAGCAAGUCCUCAUCGCGAUCGUGCGAUCUGGAUGGAUAAGUAGUAGUUAUUUAUCGGGCGCUUUGGCCAAAGAGAAAAGUCCCGUGGAGCGUACGACGAACGACACGGUGCAAACGUCAACAGACGAUAUAAAUGCAAAACGAAUCCCGAGCGGAGGUAAAAAAGAAAAGAGUACGACCGAGCGAACGAACAACAUGGCAUUAGCGACACGCGCAAACGAGCCUGAAGCAAAGUAUAACCGACAGCUUCGAUUUCCAAAUAAAAAUCUCGAUAAAAGUGUGCGACAAUAUUUGUGUUUAUACACGGAAUAUGUAAUAGACAACGUCCUCAGUGUCGUUUUGGAAACCGAGGAGAACGUUAAUUAAGUGGAACUUCCCGUAGCCGGCUUGCCGGAACCUCCUCGUAUCUUGUCCGUUGUCGCUGCGCCAAGAUGCACGUGGUACCCAAGGUCGCGCGGAGAAGCUUACCGAGCCUACACGACACCCCGCUCUGGCAAACAUCACGCAGCUUCCUGUUAGGACAUUUGGCGCCCGCCACGUUGAGCAACAAGGACACUGCCGCCUGUCCGACAGCGGGGAGGAACGCUGGAAAGGGAAAUGACAUUUUAUCAUCACGAACGUACACGAGUGACUUUAAUCACAUGACGAGGAGAGAACCACCGGAGCCGCGAGGACUUCCGCUCGUCGGCACGAUGUUCUCCUUGAUUAUGGCCGGCGGCGGGAAGAAGCUGCACGAGUACGUGGACAAACGGCACCGACAAUUAGGCCCGAUCUACCGCGAGAGUAUUGGACCGGUGCGCGCAAUCUUUGUCAACUCACCCAACGAAUUCCGGCGGAUCUUCCGGCUGGAAGGUACCAUGCCGCGUCACUUCCUGCCGGAGUCCUGGUUGCUCUAUAACGAGAUCAGGCAACAACGCCGAGGACUACUCUUCAUGGACGGAGAGGAAUGGCUGUACUACCGCAGGAUCCUUAACAAGCUGAUGCUGAUGCCUAAUUCGGUAGACUUGAUGUGCGCGCCCUGCCAACAAGUCGCCGAGAGUCUCACGGAGAAGUGGAGAAUCGAGAGUCGUGACGGUGCAACGAUCAGGGAUAUGAAGAAUCAGCUUUAUCAAUGGUCCAUAGAAGGUAACAUCUUCGUUUUAUACUUGAACGACAUUAAAUGUCCCAGUAGUGUUGAGGUCUUUCUUCUUUUAGUGAUGCUGGCAAUUCUCAUGGGCUCACGGUGGCCGGAUUGCAAGCAGCAGAUGGCCUCCAGGUACGAGCAUUUGGCGCUGAUGCUGCACCAGGUCUUUGAGCAAUCGGUUGUGUUAUCAAUGAUGCCGGCCAAGCUGGCGAUGCAGCUGAGACUGCCGAUCUGGAAGAAAUUUGUCACGACUGCUGAUACGAUCCUGGACAUGGUGCGUGUUAUGGUGCCGGAAUUGUUGCAGUUAGGCGGCGACGGUUUGCUGUCGCUGAUGGUGAACGAUGGCAUUCGCGGCAAUGACGCCAUUAAAAUCAUCGCGGAUUUCAUCAUAGCUGCUGGCGACACGUCAGCGACUUCCAUGCAAUGGGCGUUGUUGUUGCUCAGCGGUCGUCCCGAGCUGCAAGACCAGUUGUUUGACGGUAUCAAAGACCUGUCACCGGAGGAGACCAUGCAGCAUCCUCUGCUAAAGAACAUAUUGAGAGAGACGCUGAGGAUGUAUCCCGUUGCGCCGUUCCUCACGAGAUACUUGGCGGCGGACAACUUGAUCGGCGAUUACUUCGUGACGAAGGAGGACUUGUUGAUCCUGUCGAUUUGGUCGAGCGGCCAUAACGCGGAGCACUUCCCGCAGCCAGAGGAGUUCCAGCCGGAGAGAUGGAUCAGAAUAGAGUCGGGUGGUUAUCAGGGCGUCAAUCAUCCGUACGGCAUGUUGCCGUUUGCGCUGGGUGCGAGAAGCUGCAUCGGACGUAAACUCGCGGAAACGCAAAUAUACCUUACGCUGGCGGAGUUGAACAAGAACUUCAGGAUCGACUGCAAGAAUCGGGACCGCAUACAAAUGAUCCUGAACUUGGUCGCCGUGCCCUCGGAACCUAUUAUAUUAAAAUUGACAAAAAGUUUGAUGCAGUUUGAAACGCAACCGAUAGUCCAAUAAGAGUACUUCUGAGAAUUGAUGAAACAAGUGUUCUCAUUGAACGAUCGACUACGUUCCGAAUUUCAUAAAAAAAGAAAUAAAAUUUUUAUUCAGACCAUGGAGUGAAACCAAGUGUGCGUUACCUAACAAACAUAUAUGUAUGUCAAGCGCAUAAACAAAUAUAUGCUUUUCUUAUCUGACCGUUAUUCGUCAGUGUGCGAUUCUCGUGAAGAAAAAGCAGUACUUUCGUCGAUCUUUUAAUGUAUAAAUCUUCCAUGUUAUCUUCUUUUAACAUAAUUCAAGGAAAUAAUUUUAAAUGCUUUUACAUAUUAUGACGAUAGUUUUUGAGAUUAAAUUAAUAUUAUAUCGAUGCAUUUAACACAUAAUUCAAGACAAGUUUUGUUCCGAAAAUUCUUUAAUUGACGAGUAUCGGAAUUAACAGUGAGUUUUCAAAAUGUUUUUAACUAUUUAUUUAAUACAUUAGGAUAUCAAGCGGAUUCGAUUGAAAAAAACGAUUCACACACGUCAGUCAAUGUCUAGUUAUAAUGAUUUUCUUUGCAUGUAGAAUGAAGAAUAUGACACAGCACUUGAAGUUUCGAUAUGCGCGUAUACGCAUGUCCAUUGUUCUCAAAAAACUUAUAUUUUAUAAUCUCAAAUUGUUACUUCAUUGACAUCAGACUAAAGCUCUUUCAUAACGAUCUGACGCGGUAUUGUGGUGUGAAUGAAUCGAUCUUAAUUUCCCAAAUAUAACGAAAUCAAGGCAUGUCCAAUAUUAUAACGAAUAAAUGCAACUUUUAGAUAUGUUUGUUGAAUUUUCAUUUAAACGUCGAAAGAGAAAAAAUUAAUGUUAAGAAAAGUCUGAUAUGCGAAGGAAGCCACUUUGAGAUGUAUAUCGAUAUUAUUAUCAAGAUGUAAAACAACAAUUAAGAUGUGUCCAAUAUUAUAGCGAAUAAAUGCAAGUUUCAGAUAUGCUCGUUUAAUUCUUUUUGAACAUAGAGAAUCAAUGUUAGAAAUGAAUGUCAGUCUGUGA